AUGUCGCAAACCUCUUCCCGCGACGGCGACCAUCGUCCAGAGGACCAUGCGCAGCAAAAGAGUGCUGGAACAGCCGAUGGGUAUCCUAGCAUGCACAAGCGCAUUGUGAUCAUGGUCGCUGUCUACCUGUCAAUAUUCCUGGUCACGUUGGACCAAAACAUUAUAUCCACCGCCAUUCCGCGAAUUACCGACGAGUUCCAUUCUAUCGAUGACAUUGGCUGGUAUGGCAGUGCCUACCUGCUCACCAUGUGUAGCUUCCAGCUUCUCAUGGGCAAGGUUUACAAGUUCUACCCGGUCAAGCCCAUCUUCCUUGCUGGCAUUGUGCUCUUUGAAGUCGGCUCUGCUGUGUGUGGGUCGGCUCCGAGCUCUGCAGCCUUCAUCGUUGGUCGCGCCAUUGCAGGCCUUGGAGCGUCGGGCAUGUUCUCGGGCGUCAUGGUCAUCAUGUUCCACACCGUUCCACUGCAGCAACGACCGAUUUGGCAGGGUGCCUUUGGGGCCGUCUUUGCGGUUGCGUCUGUCAUCGGCCCUCUGGUCGGAGGUGCGUUCACCGAUAACGUCACCUGGAGAUGGUGCUUCUAUAUCAAUCUCCCCAUCGGGGCGGUGGUCGUUGUCGUCACCAUGUUCGUUCUGCGGCUUUCCAGCCAGAAGCUGGAUGCACGAGCUCCUGGGCUCUGGGGGAAGUUGAAGCAGCUCGAUCCAGUGGGCAACCUGGUCUUCUUCCCCGGCAUCGUCUGUCUGAUUUUGGCUCUCCAAUGGGGAGGAACCAAAUACCCGUGGGAUGACGCUCGGAUCAUCGUUCUCCUUGUGCUCUGUGCCGUCCUCUGCCUUGCCUUUGCUAGGAUCCAACUCUGGAAGCAGGAGGACGGCACCGUGCCUCCUCGGAUCGUCAAGCAGCGCAGCGUGGCGGCCGCCAUAUGGUUCUCCUUUUUCAACGGUGCCGCAAUGAUGGCCACGGUGUACUACCUCCCCAUCUGGUUCCAGGCGAUCAAGGGUGUCGACGCCGUCAAAUCGGGGAUCAUGCUGCUCCCUUUGGUGCUGUCCUCGGUCGUUGCCUCCAUCUCCUCGGGCAUCAUCAUCAGCCGGGUGGGCUACUACACGCCGUUCUUCAUCCUCAGCUCCGUCGUCACGUCCGUCGGCGCGGGCCUGCUGUCCACCUUUACCGCAACCACCGAACACCCGAAGUGGAUCGGCUACCAGGUGCUGCUGGGCCUGGGGCUGGGCUUCGGCGCCCAGCAAGGGCUGAACGUCGUGCAGACCAUCCUUGACCGCCCCGACAUCGCCACCGGCUCCGCCGUCAUCAUGUUCGUCCGCUUCCUGGGCUCCGCCAUCUUCCUGCCGGUGGCCGAGAACCUCUUCCUCAACGGCCUCGUCUCCAAGCUGACGAACCUCCCCGGCAUCGACCCCGGCGCCGUAACCCAGGCGGGCGCCACCGACCUGCGCAAUCUGGCCUCUGGCGGCGACCUGCGGACGCUGCUGGCCGACUACAACGACGCCCUGGUCGACGUCUUCUACCUGAUCGCGGCGACCUGCGCGGCGACCAUCUUCGGCAGCGUCUUCGUCGAGUGGCGAAGCCUGAAGACCCGCGCGGGCGAGCAGGCCAGGAACGCCGAAGAGUCCACGGACGUGGCAGAGCAGAAGAGCGCGACGGAUGUGUGA